AUAUUUUUUUUCCAAUUCCGUUAAUGGCGCAACAGUCGCUUGUCUAGAACAGAGAUGGAUGGAUGCGAAAUGCUGGUUGAUAUCGUUUGGAAUACAUAAUUAUUAUGCUUUAUUUGUGUUCAAGUAUAUAAUAGUGAACAUCUGGUCAUUUUCUCCAUCACUAUGUAUGAAUCACCUGCUUCUUUACAAGAAUAUUGUGUAGAAUUUGUUUGUGAAAAUAUUUCUGUUAUUUGUGAUAGAAAGACAAAUAAUACCAUUUCAAAAUGUGAUGAAAGUGCUGCUGGGUAUGUAUUUAGGAAUCCAGAUGCAUUUUUUCAUACUGAGAUAUCACAACAACUAUUGGAGAUUCUUAGUGAAAAAGGACAUUUAAAUGAUCAAAUUUUAACAUUAUUUGGUUCUCGUGUUACAAGACUACAAAAAGUUCGAAUCCAUAAUGCAGGCAAUAUCACAACACGUGGAUUACGGGUUUUACGAUCACAUAAAAUUACAGAAUUAGAAGUAAACGGCUUAUCAAAAGUAACUGUUAAUGAUUUGAUUGGUUGUCUUGGGGAUUGGACUUUACACAAUUUAAGAUUACUCAAUGUUUCCAAUAGUACUUUUACUAAUAGUGGAAAAUUUUGUGUUGUUGUAGCACUUUCAAAACUUCGAAAUUUACAAACUCUUAAUGUUAGUAACACAGAAUUCAACAGUCAUGGAUUAGAAAUCAUCACAGAAGACUUGCCACUUUUAGAGAAUUUGGAUAUAUCAAGUACUCGAGUAAAAGAUAUCACCCCAUUAAGAAAAUGUAAAGAUAAAUUGAAAUCACUCAAUUUAUAUAAUUUAAAAAUUGUGAAUUUUGAAGAAGUAGUGCCAUUAUUAUGCGAACUGUAUCAACUCCGUUAUCUUGAUUUAUCAGAAGAUAAAGAUCAUCCAUUAGAAAUGCUUUCACCGCUCAGAUAUAAAAUAUCUGAUCUGUUAAAUAAACCAUUUUGUCUGCCUCAUCUUUAUUCACUUGAUAUUUCUGGAAAGGAUGGUAUUGAUAUAGAAGAUUUAAAGACUUUCUUAAAACUUCAUCCUAAUAUAAAGUUCCUUGGUUUAAUGUUGACAGAAGCUUGUUUUGAUGAUAUGUUUACAAAGGAAACAGAUCCAUUAUAUAACCCAAAUUUAGUGGUGAUUAUUUUAAUUUUUAAAAUUAUUCAUUAUAUGAAAAUAUGCUGUUUUAAUUUUUAUAGCAUUAACCUGAUUCAGCAUCUUCCAAUUCAAUUAUUACAUUGUAGUUUGUGUUUCCCACAAUGUUGCAUGAUCUUAUCAUCUGCUGGUGAUACCAGAUGGCUGAACAGUUAA